AUGGACCUAGAGUCUAAAAAUGCGACCUUGCAAUCCGAGCUCGACAGCGCGACCCCGUCUUCCCUGUUAAAACGUAACAAAGAUCCGUCGUCGUGGCUUCCCACGACCCCUCGGUAUUGCCUGGAAUCCCAUCGAAAUACCGUCAACUGCGUGGCCUUCCACCCGAUAUACUCCUCCGUUGCCUCCGGGUCCGACGAUUGCACAAUAAAAAUCUGGGACUGGGAACUCGGGGAACUGGAGAUGACUCUUAAGGGUCACACGAGACCGGUGCUUGACGUGGAUUAUGGUGGUCCGCGAGGCAGUGUCCUGUUGGCGUCCUGCAGCUCUGACCUGUCCAUCAGGCUAUGGAACCCGGCCGACGAGUACAAAACCAUUCGGACGUUGCUCGGCCACGAUCACAUGAUCAGUGCUGUCCGUUUCACCCCCUCGGGGAAUGCGCUCGUUAGUGCGAGUCGAGACCGGGAUAUGAGAAUAUGGGACGUCACAACCGGGUACUGUGUGAGAACUGUGAACGGCCAUUCGGCCUGGGUGCGGGAUGUCAGCUUUUCCUUUGAUGGGAAGUUCCUCCUCUCGACGGGGGAUGACAUGACUGCUCGACUAUGGGAUCUCUCCGUGAUAUCCAACCCUGAACAUAAGCUGACAAUGCUUGGUCAUGAGCACUUUAAUGAAUGCUGUGUUAUUGCCCCUCCUGCCUCGUAUCAGUAUCUCGCUCCCUUGGCUGGUUCCAAGGAAUCAUCACUGAAAGGAAGCGCCGAAUUCAUGGCGACGGGCUCGCGGGAUAAGACGAUCAAGCUCUACGACAGUCGCGGGAACUGCUUCUUGACAUUGGUGGGUCACGACAAUUGGGUACGCGCGGUCCUGUUCCACCCAGGAGGCAAGUACCUACUCUCGGCGUCGGAUGACAAGACGAUACGCUGUUGGGACCUGAACCAAGACGGCAAGUGCGUGCGCACGGUCACAGAUGCCCAUGAUAGCUUCAUCACUUCGCUACGAUGGGCUCCGGGCGUGGUCAAAAAUACGUUGGCGGGUGGCACUACCACCGACGGAUCAACGAAGAAAAAUGAGGGAGACAGCAAUGUGGAUAUCCGCUGUGUCGUUGCCACAGCGGGCUGGGAUUGCAAAUUGAAUAUCUUUGCAAACUGA